AUGCAGCGUCCCCCCGCCCCCUCCCGUAGCGACAGGCUGCUAGGACACUGGAAGGAGCCCCUAGCCCUCCAGUGCGCGGGAAGAGACUUCCACCUGGGCGCCCGGGGGCCUCGGCGUCGCCGGCUGGUCCCAGCGCAGGCGGAGCUGGGCGGGCCGGGACUCGCCCCGCCCCGUCCGCCCGCCCCUCCUCGCCGUAAACUGACCGUGUGCGGCCUGGCGGGGGCCUGUGGGGGAGGGAAGGGGAGGAGAAAGGAGCGGAGGAAAGUGGGGCCUGGCGGGCCGGAGGGAGGAAAGGAAGGGGUGGAGGCCAAGGGCAGAGUGUGCUGGCGCGCGAAGCAGCUAAAGUGCGGGGCGCGUCCCGGAGCCCAAGUCGCGGCCGACGCGCGCCCUACCUGCCCAGAGCCACUGGCCUGGGCCGUCCCGAGCGGCGACAGCAGCAGCGGCGGCGGCGGCUGCGGCCCCGGGGCUCGGCUGCGGGAGGGAUGGUGGCGGCUGGGUUCAAGCCAGCACAGCCGCUACCGCCUCCGGCCCGGCCGCGGGCGCCGUGAGUCCGAGCUUCGCGCCGGGCAUGCGGCUACUGCCCCCAGUCCUCAACCCCCGCGCCCCGGCCCCCGCCGAGCUCGCCGCCCACCAUGCCGCGGGCGCCCGCGUCCCUGUACGCCUGCCUCCUCGGGCUCUGCGCGCUCGUGCCGCGCCUCGCAGGUAAGCCGCGCCGCCAGCGGUGCCCAAAGAAACUUAGUCGCGCACGCAGCCGCAGGAGCCGCGGCGGGAGGCGUUGCCUGUGGCGGAGGGCGACUUGGGACUCUCCAGGUGGCCAGCCGCCGCGGGCCAGCCGCCGCGGGGCACUUCCGAAGUGCGUGCGCCACCGCGAGCCCGCCGCCCGCUGGGCUGUCUCGGUCUCCCGUCCCCUCCCGGGCCGAGGAGGAGCCUUCCCUUCCUGUGUAA